CACGCGUCGCGUUUUUAACGUGACUUUGCACGCGAUAAGAGAAUAUAGCCAGUUAACCUGAUACAGUACACUCGGUUACAAGUAACAAAUCACAACUAAAUACAUUUGCAAGCUAGAGUCAACGAGGCAACAACUUUAACCGCACGUACUUACACUUGAGAAAUGGAAGAAACCCAUCCUGAUGUCCAUCAGUUCUCUAGGGAAUCUUUCGAAUCAGAUGAUGCAGAUGGGCAGAACAAGGAACAGAGAUUGAAUGAGAUUACAGUGGAAACAUUCUGCACUUAAGAAGAAAGAUGCUGCUCCAUCUGCUCAGAGCACUUCUUCAGCUGAACAUAUUUACUCAAUCUAGAGAUGCAGAUAUAACACCAACCUUCACUUCAAUCACGAUGAAGAGUCUGCCACACCUGGAUUUGAGGCAAGCUGUUGAUGUGAAUGGGUCCCGUCCACGUUUGGAGGAUUCUCCCCCCAGGAUAGUGGAGGAUCCCUCUGAUCUGAUCGUGUCAAAGGGUGAGCCGGCCACUCUGAACUGCAAGGCGGAGGGUCGACCCGCUCCCACUGUGCAGUGGUAUAAAGAUGGCGAGCACGUUGAAACUGAUAAAGACGACCCUCGCUCUCACCGCAUGCUGCUGCCCAGCGGCUCACUAUUCUUCCUGCGCAUCGUUCACGGACGCCGGAGCAAACCUGACGAGGGUGUUUACACUUGUGUUGCCCGCAAUUACCUCGGAGAGGCCGUUAGCCGGAACGCCUCACUGGAAGUAGCCAGUAAGUACUUUCUUGCACCUGGUUUUGUGAUUGGGGCUGGAGCAUAGCUGUGCUGAAAUAGAAGUAAUCUAUCCCUCUCAGACAUGGCCUGAGGUUUUGUUUGUGGAGUUCUUUGUGGCAGGCUGCUGGUGAGUUUUUGCCUGGUGUGACAGUGUGUCCUCCUGCUGUGUGACUGUGCUUUGGGCCUUUGGCUCAGCCCUAAUCCAGCUCGCUGGCACCAGAAUGAUGCCAUAUCUAGCUUCUCCGCCAGAAGAAACUGGAUUAGCAAAGUUUGUUGAUUAGAAUUGGAAUGCGACUAAUUAGAAUCCCUAAAGUUUGCUCAUUUAAUACACAAAGCAAUAAAGUGCCGGUGCCUGUUUUCACAGUACCAUCUCAUUUCCUCUUAAACCCAAAGUAUACUUUGGAUUUAUUUGUGUAUACAUAUGCGUAUAGUGCUUAUGCAGCAAAAUUUGUCACCAGCACAGUGUGUGUGCGUGGAGCCCAAUUUUUUUGACCAUGAAUGCAAGGUAAACGUACAUAUUUUUCAAUAAAGGAUGCAUUUGUCUGGUU